AGAGUGUUAAACUGUGUUGCUGUAAAUAAAAGGUAAGAGUGUUAAACAAAACAUGUAUCUAGUUUUGAAUAUAAGAACUGAAAAAGUGGUGCUCCCACUACUUAACCCGUAGUAUAUUGUUAUUGCUGGAGAGCUUGAGAUUAACUAGUAACCACUGUAGCAUAUUGGCCGCGUGGAAAACAGAGUUACGAAUAAUUUGUUCCGUACCCAAAAGGGCAAGAACUCGAUUAAAAAAAUACUGAGUUGAUUAGCCCUUGAGAAUAUCCAUUGUAGAAGUGUUGCUUUCUUUAGAUAAAGUAACAAAUAUGUAAUCUUCACUACAAUAGAUUCGAUCAUACCAAUCCCUUUUGUCGUUAAGUUUCCAAAGGGUAUCUAUAUAUAGGUAGCCAUGUCACAGUUUGUACCUUAUACUUACUCACAAAGCAACCAGAAAAAAAAACACACACAUCUCUAAUUUUCUCGCACCCAAAACCUCUAUUUCAUGAUGGGAUACCAAACAAACCCUAAUUUCUCCAUGUUUUUUUCCUUGGAAAAUAACGACCAAAACAAUCAAGAUUAUAAUUCUUAUAACAGUCUCUCUUCAUCAACUUCUGUUGAUUGCACUCUUUCACUUGGAACACCGUCCACUCGUCUAGACGACCACCGCAGAUAUUCUUCCGUUAGUUCUAACAUGUCCGGUGAUUACUUCUAUCACGGAGGAAGCGCUAAAACGACGUCGUACAAGAAGGGCGGCGGUGAUCACAACUUACCUCGCCGUUGUGCUAGCUGCGACACAACUUCUACUCCUUUAUGGAGAAACGGACCAAAAGGACCCAAGUCGUUAUGCAAUGCGUGUGGAAUCCGAUUCAAGAAGGAAGAGAGGCGUGCAGCCGCCAGAAACUCAAUAACCUCCGUUGGUGGUUCAUCGGCUGCGGAAAUUCCGGCUGGUGGAAACUAUUACAAUCAUCAUCAUCACUAUCCUUCGUCGUCGCCGUCGUGGGCUCAUCAGAACACACAAAGAGUUCAGUACUUCUCGCCGGCGCCGGAGAUGGAAUAUCCGUUCGUUGAUGACGCCACGGCUGCCUCCUUUCUGUCCUGGAACUGAUGUUAGGUAUUAGCGAGACAAGAAGAACCGUUAAUCAUGGACGAUGAUGAUGAAAGGUCCUAUACCAUAGAUUAUCACCCAAAGUAAAUCAGGCUGGUCAAAUUCAUUUUAUUUUGUUUUUAUUUAUGUGUUACCUCGACUCUAUCUAUUUGUGUUUUCUUUUCAUGAAUUUUUUGAAAGUUAUAUAUAUAUAUAUAUAUACGUACUGUUUUCUUUUC